ACGCGAAGGCGAGGCCCGAAGGGCCGAGCCGAGCAAGGACUUUGGUGCGAAGGCGAGGCCCGAAGGUGCUCACCGGGGUGCCGGCCAAACCUCAGCUGCUCCUCACUGCCGGACGGAAAGAAGAAGAACGACCUCGACAAACAUGCAGGGAACCAGGAGAUGUACUCGCAGUUUUUCUCCGAGAGGUCCUCGUCCGCCGCCUCAUUUGCAGUGUAUACCUAGAUGCAGUGCGACUGACCGUCUGUGUGCAGGCAUCGGUGGUUUGUGUUAUGCGGCUCUGUUGGCCAAGUAUGGCGACGACGUCACUGUCUGUGAGUCGCACGUGUACCCAGGUACUGAUGAUGCACACACCAAGAGUGUCGGGCGUAUUGACCGCACCGCUGCCCUAUCUCUCCUUUUGUGGGUGUGGGUGUCAGCUGGUGCGGCGCACUCAUUUGAGCGUGAUGGCUACAUGUCUCAGGGCCCAGCCUCUGGGCCGGCAUGAGCCAGCCGUCAAUCAACCCUCUCAGACAGGCAAGACAGCAGACAGACAGACAGGCACACCCAGUGCCCGAUAAUGGGUUUUGUGUGUGUGUGUGACUGGCUGACAGGUGCUUGAUGCCGUGGGUGAGGAGGACUCCAUCGAGUGGUGCAGCUACGACGGCUGGUCGCUCUACACACCAGAGGGCACAUGGCGAUACACCGUCGGCCCGGGCAACUUCGAGCCGACACUGCGCAAGUACGGUGGCGAGCAGGCCGUCAAGGAGUGGCGAGCACGCAAGGGCUCAGCCGUUCUCCGAUGCGGGCCAUCUUCCACAGGAGGCCCAUGA